AUGGGCACUUCCAUUCCAAAGGGAGAACCAUUGGAUUUGUCGCUAGUGGAAAGUAUUCGUAUGGGGACGACAGUAGCCACAAAUGCUCUACUAGAAAGGAAAGGUGAGCCUGUAGCGUUUAUUGUUACGAAGGGAUUCAAAGAUAUAUUGUCAAUUGGCCAGCAAGCAAGACCAGAUAUUUUUGAUUUGACAGUCGCAAAGCUGGGAAACCUCUAUGAAUCGGUAUAUGAAGUGGAUGAAAGGAUAACUGUUGAAGGGUAUUCAGAAAACCCGUUAAAAGAAAAUGAAUUGCUCGAGGAUGAAGUGAGAGAAAACGAUGAUCUGGUCAUUGGAACUAGUGGAGAAGUAUUACGAAUUCUUAAACGUCCCAAUGUUGAAGCUGUUAGAGCUAUGCUCAAGCGUAUACAUGAUUCAGGAAUAAGGAGUUUGGCCAUUGCCCUUUUGCACUCAUAUAUUUAUCCAGAUCAUGAGCAAUUGAUUGCUACAGAGGCUCGUAAGUUAGGAUUCGUAGAUAUUUCUGUUUCGUCUACAAUUCAGCCUAUGAUCAAAAUCGUAUCAAGAUCUAAUUCAACCACUGCCGAUGCUUAUCUUUCUCCCAUUACAACUAGAUAUAUUGAGAAUAUCGGCAAGGGGUUUAAAGGUGGACUCGAAACCGUCGGACAUAAGCUGCUGUUCAUGCAGUCUGACGGAGGUCUGACAUCUUGGUCACAGUUUUCAGGCCUACGUGCGAUAUUAUCCGGCCCUGCAGGCGGUGUAGUCGGCUAUGCCAAAACGUCAUAUGAAAACACACCUGUUCUUGGUUUCGAUAUGGGAGGUACUUCCACGGACGUUAGCAGAUACGAUGGAUCCCUAGAGCAUAUUUUUGAGACUACAACAGCUCAAAUAACUAUCCAAUCACCGCAACUUGAUAUUAAUACUGUGGCUGCGGGAGGUGGAUCGAUUCUGUUUUGGAAAAAGGGAUUGUUCGUUGUUGGUCCAGAAAGUGCUAGUGCCCAUCCUGGCCCUGCUUGCUACCGAAAAGGAGGCCCUUUGACUGUUACCGAUGCCAAUCUUUUCCUGGGCCGCAUCUUACCAGACUACUUUCCGAAGAUUUUCGGUCCCAAUGAAAAUGAGCCCCUUGAUUCGGAUAUUGUUAGGUCCAAAUUUGAAAAACUUACCAAAGAGAUUAAUGACGACCGGGCAAAAGAGGGUCACACCCGCCCUCUCGGACUAGAAGAUGUCGCCAUGGGCUUUUUACAAGUGGCCAAUGAGGCAAUGUGUAGACCAAUCCGUACUUUGACAGAAGGUAAGGGAUACAUAACUAGCAGGCACCAUUUGGCAAGUUUUGGUGGAGCAGGAGGACAACAUGCACAUGCGAUUGCUUCCAUCCUGGGGAUUUCCAAGGUAGUAAUCCACCGCUAUUCUUCACUGUUGUCGGCAUACGGUAUGUCCUUGGCAGAUGUAGUUCACGAAGUACAACGACCAGAGUCUACAGAAUUGACGAAUGAGAGCCUCGUGGGUUUAAAUAAAAGAUUAGACGAAAUCAGUGAUGAAGCUAUCAAAGCAUUGGUUAACCAAGGUUUUUCGACCAAAGAUGUAUAUGUCGAAAGAUAUUUAAAUCUCAAAUAUCGCGGUACUGAAACAUUCAUUAUGGUUAAAGGGAGAGAUGCAUCCACCUAUAUUGAGGAUUUCAUCUCUCAACAUAGGCAAGAGUUCGGAUUUUCUUUAGAACGCGAAGUACUAGUCGGUGACAUCCGUGUACGGGCAGUUGCGAAUAGUAAUCCUCCAGUUGAUAAUUUGUUACCUUCUGUCAGUAUUGAAAAAUAUCCUCCAGAGCCAGCUAAAGACGAUUUGAUUGAAACAAAAUCGAAGGUUUAUUUUGAACACACUGGUUGGUGUGAAGCUAAAGUUUACCGUAUUGAUAACCUGACUCAUGGUGCUCAGGUAACAGGCCCAGCUAUGAUUAUUGAUAAGACUCAGACUAUUGUGGUUGCCCCCAAUGCUGUUGCUACUGCUCUGCCUUGUCAUAUCAUUAUUGAUAUUGAUAAUAGUAAAAGUGAAAAUCACCUAGACAAUAGUGAAAUUGAUCCUAUUCAGUUGUCUGUGUUCGGUCAUAGGUUUAUGAGUAUCGCUGAACAGAUGGGACAGACGUUGCAGAAAACAGCAAUUUCCACAAACAUAAAGGAGAGACUGGAUUUCUCUUGUGCCAUUUUUGCCGCAGACGGUGGUUUGGUGGCCAAUGCACCACAUAUCCCGGUUCAUCUAGGUUCCAUGUCAUCAGCGGUCUCUUUUCAGCGGGACCUUUGGCAUGGUAAGUUAGAAGAAGGUGAUGUUCUCGUCGCUAACCACCCUGCUUAUGGUGGUUCGCAUUUACCUGAUAUCACUGUCAUCACUCCUGUGUUCAAGGAAGAUAGAAUAAUAUUCUGGGCGGCUUCGAGGGGCCAUCACUCAGAUAUCGGUGGUAUUACAGCUGGAUCUAUGCCGCCAUUCUCAAAGCAUUUGUGGGAAGAAGGGGCGAUGAUCAAGGGUUUUAAAGUAGUCAAAAAUUACAAAUUUGACGAGUCUGGAAUUAUUAAUUUAUUGUAUGAUGAACCGGCAAAGUAUCCAGGAUGUAGUGGGUCAAGGAGUUUGUCCGAUUCUCUUUCUGAUCUAAAGGCACAAAUCGCAGCUAAUAAUAAGGGGAUAAAUUUACUCCAGCAGCUCAUAAAAGAUUUCUCAUUGGAAGUAGUACAACUCUAUAUGGGUGGCAUUCAGGAUAAUGCAGAACACAGUGUACGUGAGUUGUUUAAAUCGGUUGCCAAGAAAUUUGGCAACCAUCUCGAAGCUGAGGAUUUUAUUGAUGAUGGUACAAGGAUUAGUCUUGCAAUUGAUAUUAAUUCUGAAAAUGGAGAUGCUGCAUUCGAUUUUUCUGGAACGGGCCCUCAAAUAUACGGGAACUUAAAUGCUCCUAGGUCUAUUACACAUUCAGCUAUUUUAUAUGCGUUGCGUUCCAUGAUAUCCGACGAUAUCCCACUGAAUCAGGGUUGUCUUAAUCCGUUGAAAAUCAAUAUUCCCCCAUCAACUCUGUUAUCACCUGCUCCUGAAGCAGCGACUGUUGGUGGGAAUGUCGAGACCUCACAGCGUAUCACUGAUGUUGUUCUUAGAGCAUUCAGGGCUAUGGGUGCUUCUCAGGGCACAUGCAACAAUUUUACAUUUGGAUAUGGGGGAGAAACGCUUGAAGAUGGUACCAAGAGACCUGGUUUUGGCUACUACGAAACUAUUGCUGGUGGCGCUGGAGCGGGACCGAAUUGGCAAGGACAAAGUGGUGUACAGGUCCAUAUGACGAAUACUCGAUCCACCGACCCAGAAAUUCUUGAGAAGCGUUAUCCAUGUAUAUUACAUGAGUUUGCCGUUCGGGUUGGUUCCGGUGGUCGAGGACAGAACCAUGGAGGUGACGGUGUUAUUCGUGAUAUCGAAUUUAGAGUACCAAUGCAGGUUUCGAUUCUUUCCGAAAGAAGGGCGAUUCCUCCCUAUGGCAUGGAAGGCGGCGAACCAGGUGCAAAAGGUGUAAAUCUCUGGUACAAGGGUGAUGGAAAGGGUGGGGUCUCAAUUAUAUCCUUGGGAGGCAAGAAUACAACUAUGGUCAAUGCGGGCGACAGAGUUGUCAUCAUGACACCUGGCGGGGGUGGUUACGGCACUCCGGAAGAGUCGGAGGAGCUGAAACAUAAGAUUAGUAGCAACAACAGUGCUAAUAGUUUUACUGCUAGAGCCUCAGGAAGUGUAUAUGAAAGGCGGGCGAUGGCAGCCAGUAGUUGA